AUAAAAUCCGUAAGGUUUUUUUUUUUUUAAAAAAAAAAAAGGCCACCGGAAGUGAGGUAGUAUAGGCCGAAUCCCAAAUGACUCCCUAUUGAAGAACAAGUGCACUACGUAGCGCAUGGGAUCUAUUAUUUCAUACUCGAUGUAGUGCAGUAGUGUAGGCUUUGUGUACCGAUUUGAAUAAGCGCUCAUUGGAAUAGCUGUGAAGUAUCGGUGUUAAUUCCGCAUUGCCUAAAAAAAAUAUUUUUUAAAAUGUGGAGUUAAAUUCUGAGGGUGAACAUGUCAUUGGACGUUUGGUGCAACAGAAGAACUGUUUUAUGAUUUAAAAAACCACAAGUUGGACUUUAGUAAACAAAGACUCGGUCAUACAAAAGCGGUGUGUAUAACGAAUGUUAAUGCUAGCUUGUUUGUGUUCGUUUAGCCUGAGAGACUACCAGAGACGGUAUACACACAAGAAAUCAAAAUAACAGUCUCGCUUAUAAUCUCGCGAUAGUUAAUCAUUUUCGCAGCCGCUGCGAAAGAGUGUGUGUUUCUUGAUCUUUAAGUUUUUCCAGAAGGAGCUGACUGAUUUAGCGACAUUUUAAAUGCUAGCUGGCUAGCUAGUUUAGCUUAGCCUGUUGGCUAAUCUCGGCGAGACGGUGUAGACCCGGAGUUUGGCGGAGAGCGGUGAGAUGGAGACUCACGUCUCAAGCCUUUUCCCGGAGAUUUUAGCCAUGAUCUUCAGUUACCUGGACGUUAAAGGUAAAGGCAGGGUUGCGCAGGUGUGUGUGGCCUGGAGAGACGCGACCUACCACAAAUCAGUGUGGAGAGGAGUCGAAGCCAAACUCCAUCUCAGGAGAGCAAACCCGUCGUUAUUCCCCAGCCUUCAGAGCCGAGGGAUUAAGAAAGUGCAGAUCCUGAGUCUCAGACGCAGCCUUAGCUAUGUGAUUCAGGGCAUGCCGAACAUCGAGAGCCUUAACCUGAGCGGAUGCUACAAUUUGACAGACAACGGACUCGGCCAUGCAUUUGUGCAGGACAUUCCUUGCCUGAGGAUCCUCAAUCUCAGCCUGUGUAAGCAGAUCACAGACUCCAGCCUUGGGCGAAUUGCACAGUACCUAAAGAACUUGGAGUUUAUGGAGCUUGGUGGGUGCAGUAACAUCACCAACACUGGCUUGCUCCUUAUCGCAUGGGGCUUGCACAGGCUCAAGAGCCUGAAUCUACGCAGCUGCAGGCAUGUCUCCGACGUGGGCAUCGGCCACCUGGCUGGCAUGACGCGCAGCGCCGCUGAAGGUUGCCUCGGUUUGGAGCAUCUCACUCUGCAGGACUGUCAGAAACUGACCGACUUGUCGCUCAAGCACAUCUCCAAGGGCCUGAGCAAGCUCAAAGUCCUGAACCUGAGCUUCUGCGGCGGCAUUUCAGAUGCCGGGAUGAUUCACCUGUCGCACAUGACUCAGCUGUGGAGUCUGAACCUGCGCUCGUGUGACAACAUCAGCGACACUGGGAUCAUGCACCUCUCCAUGGGCUCGCUCCGUCUGUUCGGGUUAGACGUGUCGUUCUGCGACAAAGUGGGAGACCAGAGCUUGGCCUACAUCGCCCAGGGACUUUAUCAGCUCAAGUCGCUGUCGCUGUGCUCAUGUCACAUCAGUGACGAUGGAAUCAACAGGAUGGUGCGGCAGAUGCACAAGCUGAAGACGCUGAACAUUGGUCAGUGCGUGCGCAUCACAGACAAGGGCCUGGAGCUCAUCGCAGACCACCUGACUCAGCUGACCGGCAUUGACCUGUAUGGCUGCACCAAAAUCACCAAACGGGGACUGGAGCGGAUAACCCAGCUCCCCUGCCUUAAAGUGUUGAACUUAGGGCUUUGGGAGAUGACUGAGGGUGAAAGGGUUAGGUGAUACCUGACCAGGCAUCACAACAUACACUCUAUACUACCUCAUUCAACAUUGUCACCAUGUUUUUGUUUUUAUUUGAUAAGCAAUGUGAAGGAACUUUUUAAUUAGUUUAGUGUUAUGCAGUAAGAACACUGAACACCCUUUGGUUAUAUUGUUUAAUAGUAUAUAUUUCUUAAAUGCCUUUUUUAUUAGUAAGUGGAUAGUUGAAUUAUUUUAGGGUGUCUUGCAGCGCUGUUCUUUAAAAUAAUAAUAAUAAUAAUAAUAAUAAUAAUAAUAAUUCUCUCACUCUCAGUUAGAUUAUACUGAAUGCCUUAAAGUAUUACUUUUUAUGUCUUGGGAACUCUAGUACUGCUCUUAUAAUUAAAUAUGGAUCAGUGUUUAAAGUAAACAGUUUUUCUAUGCUUCUGACAGAAAAGUGUAACAUCCUCCUUAGAAAGAUGAACAUAUGCAAUUUAAAA